GAUUAUUAAAGAAAGAUAGUAAGUGUACAUUAAUUUCAACGACGCGAUGUUCGACAUAGUCAUUUGGCCUAGUGGUGUAUAACAAUGGUACGAUCUAAUAUUCCUGAAUUCGAGCCCGGGGGUAUCAAUGGAAAACUUUUUGUUUUUUUUUUGUUUUUCUCUAUUGCUUUCUUUAACUAUUACAAAAUCAAAAAUCUCUCUCCUUUACAAAAUUAUGCAUUAUUAUUUUUAUAAAAAUAAUGGAUACUGUACUAAAAAUACCGUAGCUAGUUACUAGAUGGCGCUAUCACAGGCGUUCCGAAAAAAUUUAGAGUAGCCUAUCUAUUUCCAAUAAUACACUGUAAUCUUUGACCAGGGGCAACCGGUAAAUCAAUAAUCUUAUUAGGGGUGGGGCAAAUCAAUAAAAUAAUUUAUUCUCUUGUCGUGCAAAUUGUUAUUUGUUUAUUGUUUUUACAGUAGAGUUAAUGUGAAGCAAAUAUGUUCCUUGAUGACUGAUGUGAAGUAUUUACACAGACUUUUAACUAAACCGUAGAAAUUAAUCAAACUACUAAGAUUUAAAUCACAUAUUAAAAAGAAAAGUAAGAAAAAGUGUACUGAGGGUAAGCCCUCACGAAAAACUCGAAAGACGAAAGAGCAGUUCCUAUCAGUUGAGGACUAUUCGUGACUACCCAUAAUGCGCGCAUUUCUGCGAAAAUACUUCUGUGAAUGUGUCAACAUCUGAGAGAACGGGAAUUACCUUUCAUGCAAUACUAUACAACACAACGAAUUGAUGAACUGCACAACUGCACAUCUGAAGUGUUAUUUGACACAAACAACAUUAGGAGCUAACCAUUGUGAAUUGAACAUGGAUCACACUGAUGAAGAGGAGCAGACAGCAGCAGAGGAAUCUGUAGUGGGAGAUGUAGCAACAGUUGUGAUGAAGAAUGAAGGCAUUUCUGACCCCAUGUUGAGUGCUGAUAACUUGGAAUUGGCACAAGGAGAUCACUGUGUAUCUAAUGACCAAUACUACGACAUGAGCAACAUGUUAGAAGAGGAGCCACUGGCUGAGGCUAAUACUAUACAACACAACGAAUUGAUGAACUGCACAACUGCACAUCUGAAGUGUUAUUUGACACAAACAACAUUAGGAGCUAACCAUUGUGAAUUGAACAUGGAUCACACUGAUGAAGAGGAGCAGACAGCAGCAGAGGAAUCUGUAGUGGGAGAUGUAGCAACAGUUGUGAUGAAUAAUGAAGGCAUUUCUGACCCCAUGUUGAGUGUUGAUAACUUGGAAUUGGCACAAGGAGAUCACUGUGUAUCUAAUGAGCAAUACUUCGACAUGAGCAACAUGUUAGAAGAGGAGCCACUGGCUGAGGCUAAUACUAUACAACACAACGAAUUGAUGAACUGCACAACUGCACAUCUGAAGUGUUAUUUGACACAAACAACAUUAGGAGCUAACCAUUGUGUAUUGAACAUGGAUCACACUGAUGAAGAGGAGCAGACAGCAGCUGAGGAAUCUGUAGUGGGAGAUGUUGCAACAGUUGUGAUGAAUAAUGAAGGCAUUUCUGACCCCAUGUUGAGUGCUGAUAACUUGGAAUUGGCACAAGGAGAUCACUGUGUAUCUAAUGACCAAUACUACGACAUGAGCAACAUGUUAGAAGAGGAGCCACUGGCUGAGGCUGUGAGUGAAGCUCUUCAUAUAGGAGCAGCAACUACAGUUACAGAAUACGAGGCUGUAACAGAGAGUUGCAUAGAGAGUGAAAGUAUCAAAUUUGCAUGCACAAUUUGUUUGCAAGAAUUUAUGAAAGGGAAUGCAUACUAUGAACAUAUGAUCAUGCAUCUCGAGGACGAUGACGGCGACGCUGCAUGUGAUGCACCACAAGUGUGCGAGCCUUAUGCAGCUGUGACCGGCAGCUGUGACUUAGUCUUGCUGCAGAACAAAGCAGGAAGUCAGAGGCUGAAGGAUGACCCUCAUCCAUCUGCAGACUGCACUCAGGCUUCAGUCGCUCCACUGUCCGCGAGACUUGCGGCAAACGACGAGAGCAAAGUGCAGGCAACUGAAGGAGCAGGUGCGAUCCUGACAAGCGAACAGAUCCUUGAAACUGACAUUAACGAACUGUACAACCAAUCGUCUCAAAGCGGCACUAAACUGUACACAAAUGUAAAUACAAAAAAUGCAAUCCAGUUAUACAAUAAUAUGUUCAAGAAACCCAAGAAAGCUGUAUUCGGUGAGAAUCCAUUCAUGAGAACCCUCACUGCUGACAAGCCUUACUCUUGUGAGAUAUGCAACUAUAAAUGUAAAAAAAAAUGUAAUUUACUACAGCACCAGGCAACCCACACUGGUGAAAAGCCAUUUUCCUGUGAGAUUUGCAUUUAUAAAUGUGCACGUAAAAAUCAAUUAUUACAGCAUAUGAUAAAGCACACUGGUGAAAAACUAUUUUCAUGUGAUAUAUGCAAAUAUAAAUGUUCAAGAAAAAGUAAUUUAGUAAAGCACAUGACAACCCAUACUGGUAAAAAGCCAUUUUCCUGUCAGUUAUGCAAUUACAAAUGUACGCAAAAAAGUAAUUUAUUAGAGCACAUGAAAACCCACACAGGUGAAAAGCCAUUUUCUUGUGAGAUAUGCGACUAUAAAUGUGCACGGAAAAUUUAUUUACUACGGCACCAGGUAACGCAUACUGGUGAAAAGCCAUUUUCCUGUGAGAUGUGCAAUUAUAAAUGUUCACUAAAAAGUGCUUUAACACAGCAUAUUAAAAGACACACUGGUAUUAUACCAUUGUCCUGUGAGAUAUGCGAUUAUAAAUGUACACGUAAAAGUGAUUUAUUAAGACAUAAAAAAAUUACACACACUGAUGUGACGCCAUUGCUGUGAGACCUGCAAUUAUAAAUUUGCACAUAAAAGUAAGUUAUUAG